UCAGUGCUCAAGGCCUUCCGGCUCGUCCGCUAGGCCUUCCGGUUUCAGGCCUCCCCGAAAUGGCGGCGGGGCGCGGGUGGAGGCGGCGGGCGCUGCGGCUGCUGACAGCGGGCGGCGGGGUGCUGCUGACCCGCUUCCCCUUCUGGCACUGCUUCAGCGGGCUGCUGCUGUGCGCCGAGCGGGCCGACGGGCGGCGGAAGCCUGACAUCCCGGUGCCGUACCUGUACGUGGACAUGGGGGUGGCCGUGCUGUGUGCCAGCUUCAUGUCCUUCGGGGUGAAGCGCCGCUGGUUCGCCCUGGGGGCCGCCCUGCAGCUCGCUGUGGCCACCUACGCCGCCCACGUCGGCGGCCACGUGCACUACGGCGACUGGCUGAAGGUGCGGAUGUACUCGCGGACCAUCGCCAUCAUCGGCGCGGAAGGAGGAAUCCUCCUGCUCUGUCGGGUGCUGCCUCGCGGGGAGCUCAGUGUGCGCUGCCGGGGGGCGUCCCCCUCCUCGAGGUGGGGAAACUGA